CCCCCCAAAUAAAGUCACAUCGGCCUCCACCUCCACCUCCAGCACCAGCACCCUCACCCUCUGGUUAGACUUCGUAGUAAGUAGAUACUUGGCUCUUGGUCCGAGUCCGAUAUCGAAGAAGAAAACCCCCCAUACACGUCUCCACCCUCCAACCGGCCAACCUGCAGCAUGAUCAAACGCUCCGGCCAACCAUGGGGGGCGGGCCUUCUCGGCCUGCUGCGCUCUCUCGGCCUGCCGCGAAAGCGCUUCAUGCUGAUCGGCCUGUUCUCCGUCAUCUUCCUGAUGUACACCUUCAUCAACUACAGCAACGCCAUCCACGCGCGGCUCGGCUUUGGCAUCGUGUCGGCGCAGGCCCCCGUCGACACCAUUCCCGUGUGCAUCUCGCCGCUCGGCGUCUCGCCCACCGUCCCGCCGCUCAAUAACCAGCUGCCGGUCCAGGACGUCAUCGUUCACACACCACCACCAUCGCCAUCAUCAUCCCCGGUCGGCAACGACGACGGCGAUGCCGACAAGAAGGAGGCAAUGCAUCCGAUCCCGCACUUGAUGGAGGCCGCAGAGGCAAAGUGGGCCGCUAUGCUGCAGCGACAGUCGAGCACACUCGACGCCGCAGUCAAGGAGUACAAGCGGCGGUACGGCAUGGCGCCGCCGGACGGCUUCGAUCUGUGGUUUGAGUAUGCACGGAGCAACAACCUGAAGCUGGUGGACGAGUACGACGACCUGAUGGCGACGCUUGCGCCGCUGCGGAGGCUGGGGCCGAAGGAGGCCCGGCGCAGAGCUGAGAAUAUGCUCAAGUUUGGGUUCGAGGAGUCGAUUGGUGGGUUGGUCAUCGAUGCGAAAGAUGGCGUGUUUUCGUACUGGAAGGAUCCCAAGGCGGAGGAGGAGAAGAGGAAUAGGAAGAAGAAUAAGGCGGCUAAAAGGAGUCUGGUUGAGAUGGAGGGUGAGGAUGAGGGUGGUUAUCGUACCCGUGGAUUGCUCCGUAUGCUCGAGCCGCUGAAGGAUGUUCUGGGUGAGAAGGUGGCCGAGUGGCCGGCGUUUGCCAUUCCUGUCAAUGAGUUGGCCGAGGCAAGGGUGGUGGGCGGUGACGAUGAGAAGUGGAAGGCCCAGACGGAUGCGUUGGAGACGAAGAAAGAAAAGUAUGAGUUGGAUGAUCUAUGGCACCGGCACCAGGUUGCGGCUAGAACCCUCUCGGAAGACCUGAUCCAUGCUUGUGAUGCCAACAGCCGUUACGGAAAGAUGGCGGUGGGGACCAGGUUCGAGUUUGGCAUUCACGAAGUUCUGGGUUCGAAUGGCGACUUGAAGGGAGAGGGUUCCAAGGCCGAGUUCGUGACGGACCCGAAUGCGGAUAAUGACAUGUGCGAGAGACCAGAACUGAUGGCUCUCCAUGGAGUCCACCGCGGAACACGUUCCACAACGAAGGGCCUGUAUCCCAUGCUUUCCUACGGUCACCCCAGCGCCUUCAACGACAUCGCCAUUCCCUCCCGCUAUCAAUGGGAUGUCGACGGCUCGUACGAAUACUACGACGGCGAUGACGUCGCUUGGGAAGAGAAGGAAUCCAAGAUCUACUGGCGCGGCGAACCCAGCGGCGGCGGCCACGGCGACCAAUACUACGGCAGCAUGCACCGCCACCGCCUCGUAGCCCUAACCAACCCAGCGCACUUCAAGACCUCCGUCCUUGUCAGCGGUGCCUCCGCCUCCGGGGCGCUGAUCCAAAGCACCGAGCCCGCGCACAUCGCCCAGACCCUGACGAACAUAACCUUUUCGGACAUCAGCAGCAUGUGCGAGAUGUUCGGGUGCGAUCUGCCCAGCAUAUUCCCGUUCGAGGAGCGCAACGAUUUCAGCGAGGCCUGGAAGAACAAGCUGGUAAUCGACAGCGACGGCUGGGGCCCCAGCGGGCGCUGGCGCGCCCUCAUGGCUAGCAAGAGUACCGCUAUCAGAAGCAGCAUAUACCGUGAGUGGUUCGGUGAGCGACAGAUGCCUUGGGUCCAUUAUGUUCCGGCGUCCGUGGGACUGGGCGAGCUGUGGGGGCUGCUGGGGUUCUUCUUGGGCACCAGUGAGAGCCCGACGCAUGAUGCAGAGGCUAGGAAGAUCGCAGAGCAGGGCGCGUUGUGGGUUAAGGAGCAUAUGCGCAAACAAGACAUGACAAUCUACUGCUUCCGUCUAGUGCUGGAGUUGAAUCGGCUGUUUAAUGGCGAGGAGUGGGUGUAUAAGGGCUGAUUGAUUGAUUGAUUUUCUACAUUUUUUGGUUCGGAGUUUGACUUUGGUUUUGGUUUUUUUUGGGGCGUUAUCAGCGAAUAUUAUUGGAUAUUGGAUAGCAUAUAUGGCAUGGGAUAUGGCAUUGUUAGAUACCGGUCUUUUUCGUUUUCCGCAUGGGUGGGUUGGGGGAAUGAGAGGGCAACG